AUGGACAUCCAAAAAGAUACAUCAAGAGUUUAUAAGAAUAACUUAAGCAGUUAUAAAUAAAAUCCAGAGUCAGGAGCCAAAUUUUUAAUUAAAAGAAACCUAAAGGAAUUAGUUUAGAAGGUUUUAAAAGAUGCAAAUGAGUUCACUCAUACUAACUACAUCAAAUUAAAAGCUUUGUGCUCCCUUCAAAAUAUUAUAGUUUUAGCAGAACAUCAUAUUUAGGAGUAUCUUAAAGAUAUCAUGAAAGUUUUAGUUAAAUUUUUGGAUUAUGAUGAUCCUGAAAUUCCAAAUACAUGCAAAAGGAUUAGCGAAUUGCUUGGCAUUUAUGUUUCUUCAGAAGUUUAUAUUCCUCUAGCAAUUAGUCUAAUCCAUGAUGAAGAACAUAAAACAGCCCCUAAAAGUUUAACUAAGCUUUUAACAAUAUUUAGCAUAAUGAUAAGAGGUGAAACUCCAAAGACCAUCGAAGGUUAUUUGGAUACCAUUAUGAAAACAGUUACAAGCGUUGAAAAGACUUUUGAAGAAAGUGAAGAAGUUCUCUCUGGUUUAUAUUAUAUUGCAAAAGAAUUAAUAAAUAUAUCAGGAGAAAAUAUUAGUAUUUAUUGCCGUCCUAUUUUUUCUUUAUUACUUACUGUUUAAGCAACAAAUACAGCAGGAAAAGAUAAUUAAAAUGAAAUAUAAAAGACCAUGCUAACUUUAGCAACUUACUGUGGUUACUCAAGUAUAGCAGAGCUUCAUGCUAACGAAGUAUCCAUGCUCUUAAAUGAAUUCACUACAAAUAAAUCUUAUAAAACUUGGCAAAAAUAUUCAAAAGAUAGACUUAAAUUUGAAAUUAUUGUUAGAAAUUGUGGAGAAGGUCUUUCUAAAUUCAUAGAUAUCAUUCUUGAAAUCCUUUAGAGUUGUGUAGAAUUAAAUUAAGAUAUCGAAGUAAGGAUGGAUGCAUUGGUUUUGGUAGAAUUUAUAAUUUGCUUACAAUUUAAGGAUGUUUAAGAAAAAUUGAAAGAAAAUGCCUAACUUAUUUUGACUAAAAUUUUGAUCCCAUCAAUUGUUUGGAAGAUUGGAAAACCAUAAAUUAAAAUCAGAAAGGCUGGUAUCAUUAAUAUUUAUAAAUUAAUUGAGAAUGGAUUGGUCACUGGUGAUGUUUUAAUGAAGUGCUUUAAAGAGUUAAUGCCUCCUAUUAAAUCAUGUUUAUCAGAUGAUUGGGCUCCUGAUCUUCGUUUGGCUGCUUGCAAAUUGGCAGAAAAACUCUUUUUAGAAGUAAGAGAUCACCUAGAACACAUUCACAUAUCUGAAAACUAUUAACUUCUUUUAGAAAGACUAGAUGACUCAUAAGAUGUUAUCAGAGUUGAAAUAUUCAAAACUUUCACUGUUAUUUUCGGAGCUCCUGCUCUUAAAGAAAGUCCAUCAAUAUUUGAAUACAUGGUCAAAGCUAUUUUCAUACAUUUAGACGAUUAGAAUGAAGAUGUACAAAUGGGAGCAUACAACACAUUAAAAUUCGCUGCAAGAAUUAAUCCUGCUAAAAUCAAAGAAGAAGCAGAACUUGCAUUAAAAAAAAUGAAAUAUCCUAGAAAAUGUUAAGAGAUAAUACAAUACGCAUAAGAAUUAAUAUGA